CCCACAUCCCUCACAACCCCACCCCCCACAUCCCUCACAACCCCUCACCCAUCACCACUGCACACUGCCUUAUCCAACAUGACUAAGGAACCAAUGACAUCCACCAUGCCGUCUCCAUCCACUAUUCUGCAGUCGACUUCGCCCAUCAUAACGUCCACUACCAACAGUAAAUUAGGUCAUCCUUAUUCAUGACCUCUAAAAAUGCCACAACUCCAAGACACUCCACUCCUUUGCCAAUAACAGUCACCUCUAAUGCCACUACAGAGUCAGCAGAGGUGCUUUGUAACUUCUCACAGCUCUGUGCCAAUCAGUCUGUGUACUACUGGAUGGUCCUUGCGGUGAAUGUGACUGGAGAUCUGAAGAAUGAAUCAGACAUCAGUGGCUGGUUCAGGACUCUAUUUCAUUCUCUCUUGGACUCCUGUGAGCCCUACAACCCUGAACAAGCAAAUGGCACAAAUUUGACUGACACACUGCAAACCAUCUCUGUCAGUCCAACAUAUCCCACCCCCUACAACAUGACAACAUGGUUAUACAACUUCACCACGACAACACUAUCCCAGAACUUCCCCAACUUCACCACGACAACACUAUCCCAGAACUUCCCCAACUUCACCACGACAACACUAUCCCAGAACUUCACCAACUUCAACAUGACAACUAACAUGACAACUAUGCUUUACAAUAGUAUUAGUACUCCCUCACACAACCAUAGCAUGUCCACCCCACCCUACAACCAUAGCAUGUCCACCCCACCCUACAACCAUAGCAUGUCCACCCCACCCUACAACCAUAGCAUGACAACUCUUUCUCCCAGCUGGCCCCAUAGCACCACAAGUGAAGAGCAUGAAGGUGGAAAUAUGACUGCUGCCAGCCUGUUUCAAGACAUUGAGGUGACGUGUGUCAAUAAAACAGGGAUCAGGAGGACUAACUGCACUGUGCUGCUGAAGACGAGGAAGCCAACGUUUCCCUGUUGUUUCCAGCGAGCGCUGUGGAAGGGUCAGGAGAACAGCUCCAUACAAACCCAUAUAGUGGGAAAUAGAGUGGAAAGAGUGGCUAAGGGUCUGUGUGCAGGCCAAUUGCCUCCAAGUAAUGGUUUUGCAAAGUGCACCGGCUUCCUGAAUGGCACUCUCCCUCUUCCAAACACGUGUCACACUCCAGGGCCUGUCAAUAUCUCAUGUGGACAUGCAGGGACUGUUUACAUGCCUCUUGGGAAUCAAACCCAAAUGGACUGUGGUAUGCCCCCUGAACCUCCCAUCGAUGCGGAGAUUGUCUCCAACUGCUCUGCUUACAGCUAUGGUACAGCUGCAUACUAUACCUUGGGCAUACAGAUCAAAGAUCCUGCUAUGAAUAUUUCAAAGAUCUUCAACAUGAUUGAUAAGCUAAAAACUCCUCCACCCUGCGACAACACCUCAAAGACACAUCCUCCCUGUCCCCUGCCCAUCAUAUCAACUAUCUACCAGGAUGCUCAUGUGAAAUGCGAUGGUGCAAAUACCAAUCUCCAAAGCUGCAGGGUUAUCGUGCGCCUCAACCAUUCGGUGCCUAUAUGUGCUGUCAGUACUGCAUUGAUGACUGUGUUAGAUGAUAAGCAGAGUAUUGGCAUUAAUGGAACGGUGACCCGAGCAGCCAUUUGUGGCUGCCCAGGAUCCAGUGGAGGUCUAUUGAAUUCGACCUUCACGUGGGAGAGUAUCAACCUCAACUCCACUUUGUUCUGUGAGGCUGAAAAGACCCCUGACAUCGUCAGCUGCAAACAAGGGGAAAAUGUGUGUGUGCUCCUGAAUGAAAUGUGCGACCCCAUGCCUCCUUCUACUUCACCCAGCCCAAUGGCCAACACCACUUUACCUGCAACAACAAUACUGCCUCCUCCAUCCAAUGUCACUAUACACCUAAACACCCCCUACGUCCCAUUGAACACAACAUUAGCGCCACUAAACACCACUUCUACAGCUCCAAAUACUACACCAUCAGCUCCAAAUACAACCAUCGCCACGACAACCCGGGGUAAUACCACUACAAACUCAUCAACACCCAUCAUUCCACCAGUGAAUCCCACAACAGCUUCCCCAAACUACACCACGACAGCUGUUGUAACAACCACCGCAGCGCCCAACACCACAGCAGCCAGUAGUGAAGAGCAGGCCAAUCAGCUGCUGGAUCUGACUAGUGACGUGUCCAAGCUCAACUCCUCCCAGGUGGACCAGCUGGUGUCGCAGCUAGAGGCCCUGCUAGCCGGGCACAAUGUCAGCCUGGCUCUGGGGAAAACCUCUGUCAAAAUCGUUAGCAACCUGCUGGGUGCCUCCUCUGACACCCUGGCCUCCUCCUCCACCAAGAUCAUUGGGAUUGUUGAUAUGGUGGGCCUGAAGCUGGUCGUUCAGCAAGAGGCUACGAUUUUAACCAAGUCGGUUGCUAUCGCUGUCAAAACAGUGGACGGCACUAAUUUCCAGCAAACAUCUUUCUCCAUCCCGGACCCCAACAAUGUGCAGAUCCGUGGAGAUGGCAGAGCCAGGAGAAGUUUGAGAACAGAGGCGUCCUCUCUUCCCCAGGGCUCCAUCACGUUCCCCUCCUCCCUCACAGCGAACCUCUCCCAUGAGCAGCAGCUACAAGCCUCCAGACUACAGUUCAACUUCUACCAGAAGGCCACUGUGUUCCAGGACCGAGCCCUGGGAGACAGCAGGCUGUACAGUGGGAUCCUGGGAGCCAGUGUGGCCAACCUGUCAAUCAAAUCUCUGCAGGAGGACGUGGUGAUCACCCUGAGAAACACUGAGGCCGUCCCAGCAAAUGUUGUGGUUUCAUGUGUUUUCUGGGACUUUGGCUUGAAUGAUGGCUCAGGAGGCUGGAACCGAGAUGGCUGCUCUGUCAGGAACAGCACAGAUAAUGAGACUGUCUGUGCCUGCAACCAUCUCACCAGCUUCGGUGUGCUACUGGACAUCUCCAGAACGGGCAUAACCAAUCAUCUCCAGGCCACAAUCCUCACCUACAUCACCUACAUCGGCUGUGGUAUCUCCGCCAUCUUCCUCUCUGUCACUCUGCUCACCUACCUGGCCUUUGGGAAACUGCGUAAGGACAUCCCAUCUAAGAUCCUGAUCCAGCUGUGUGUGGCUCUGUUGUUUUUAAACCUGGUGUUUCUGGUGGAUGCCUGGCUGGCCCUCUACCCUGACGCUGUGGGCCUGUGCAUCUCCACCGCCUGGUUCCUGCACUACUUCCUGCUGGCUUCCUUCACCUGGAUGGGCCUGGAGGCCGUCCACAUGUACUUGGCCCUUGUCAAGGUCUUCAACACAUACAUAAAACGCUAUAUGCUCAAGUUCUCUCUCGUCGGCUGGGGCGUCCCACUCCUUGUGGUCAUCGUCGUUAUUGCUGUUGAUAAGAACAAUUACGGCCUUGUUAGCUACGGAAAGUACUCAGAUAACUCCCCUACAGAUGACUUCUGCUGGCUGAAGAACAACAUCGCCUUCUACGUAUCUGUGGUGGCCUACUUCUGUGUCAUCUUCCUGUUGAACCUCAGCAUGUUUGUGAUGGUGAUGGUUCAGCUGUGUCGGAUAAAGAGUCAGAACCCCCACAACAUGAGGCACCGUAACGGGCUGCAGGACCUGCGCAGUGUGGUUGGGAUCACCCUACUCCUGGGCCUCACCUGGGGCUUUGCCUUCUUCGCCUGGGGGCCCGUCAACCUGGCCUUCAUGUACCUCUUCGCCAUCUUCAACUCCUUUCAAGGGUUCUUUAUCUUUUUGUUCCACUGCGCUGUGAAGGAGAACGUGAGGAGGCAGUGGAGGACUUACCUCUGCUGUGGUAGACUGAGACUGGCAGAGAACUCAGACUGGAGCCGCACGGCUACACAGAAGACAGAGAAGAAGUCAUUGUCAGUGACCAGAGCCACGUCCUUCCGCUCCGGCAACUCCGGUGACUCCCCAGAACGGCCCAGUGGAGCAACAGGAAGUCUGUUUAACGACAGAACCAUAACAGCCCUUGAGGAGCUCAACUCAGACGUGGUCCUCAAUGAGGUGAACAGCCAAUUCAGGACUCAGAGCCAGAGAGCGGCCUGAGUCAGCCUGAGUCCUGAGUCCUGUGAAAUACUAGACCUAGUGUAGGCUGGUAGGGGAGUGGACUUACGUGAGACAGUGUGUUUCAUAGUAUUUUCUACGUUUAUAUGAAAUAUUUGAAUGUUAAUGCUGCAAAUGCAUUAAAAGUUUAGAAGUUUAAUGGAAGUUUAAUGGAAGUGUGUGACAGACCACACUAAAGAGAUGGGACAUCACUGAAGAUCCAGCAUGCUCGUGGAUUUCGUCCAGUUGACCUACCAAUACUAUCAUGAACUCGUCUGGGCUGGCACCUAUGAUUGUGAAUAUCAAUGCAUGUACUGUACUGAAAAGGUAUCUACAGUAGCACGGAGGAAAACCCCAACUCAUACUGUAGAUCAUCACCAGCUGUAUCAUAUGACUGCAUACUACAUGUUCUAUCGUUUUCGUCAGCAUUCUUCAGAGGCAUACGCUGACACAUACUAACACUCUGUCGCUGCCUGGUUUGAUUUCAUUUAAGCUCUUUUAUACUAUACUCAGAAUCAAGAUAUUUCCAUCAGAUAUAUAUGUAUUUAUAUUUUAAAGAGGCAACAUAACAAUGGAUGUAUAAUUUAAUGUUAUUUCACCAAUAACAAUUGUAUAAAUAAAAUGAAAUGUUUUAUUUUAAGCUAA